GGAGGAGUAGGAAGAACUUUUGAACAACGCGCUCUGUGAUUGGACCUACCUUUGUAGGAACACCAAUAAGACGGCGCCUUACUGAGCUCGCCCGGCGGUGUCUUGGUGAGGGGGAGCGCGGCGUUGGGGGGUCGCCAUGCCGCAUUACCAGACCUGGGAAGAGUUCACGCGCGCCGCCGAGAAGCUCUACCUCGCCGACCCCAUGAAGGUGCGUGUGGUUAUUAAAUAUCGCCACUGUGAUGGGAACCUUUGUAUCAAAGUAACAGAUGAUGUCGUUUGUCUGCUAUAUAGAACAGACCAGGCUCAAGAUGUAAAGAAGAUAGAGAAAUUCCACAGUCAGCUGAUGCGACUUAUGGUAGCUAAGGAAUCCCGCAGUGCUGCUAUGGAAACAGACUGAAUUGCUUUGAAUGCUCUGGUCAUAUUUUGCAGGAAGAAAAUAUCACUUGGAUUUGAGCACACAUUGGGACAGGAGGUGCUUUGUGAUGAAGUGGACUGCUGAAAAGUAAAGCAUUCCCCCCCCCCCCCCCCCCCCCCCCCCC